GCCUCGUCAUGGCAUUAGUCCAUACUAAUGAUAUCUACGGUUGAUUAGGGCCUUUGGUCAAUUGUUUCUGUUUCGAUUCCCUGCGCCUACGGAUUGUGCGACUAUGUUCGCCAGACCGCAUGCUCUGUCUUUGCGGCAUUCGGCCGUUAGGCUCUUCCAACAGCCCCGGAGCCAAUAUCUUCAUGCCUCUCCUCCAUUGAGCUAUCCUCGACGAAAGGACUUCUUCUCAUCCAAUGCAUACCUUCAUCAGAAGCAAUCCAGAAAUGGCGACGCAGCCGAGGAGGUGUCCCUGGAGACCCAGAAACAGCGGAAAAGAAGCAAUCGGUCGCCGGCCGCAUCGACGUCAUUACGGAGAGUCGCAGUGGAGGCACAACGGUCUAAGGAUGGGAUUUUGUCCAAAGCCCAGCUCCGAGAGCAGGGGCUCUAUCAGACUAAGACCGUAACAGCAUAUGCCGUAGCUGAACAAUUCAACAUCCGCAAAGUCAGGGAGAUCUUGCAGGAAAGAGGCUACGAGCCGGACCCCUACGAAACGGGCCUGUACCCACAAGUUGUCCAUGUUCAAGUGCCGUUAGACUCAAUCCGCCGCCAGAGCAAUCCGAACACCCUGGAUCUGUCCCCGAACGAAGUGGGCGAUGUGUUUGUCUUCCCAUCGGGUACCGUCGUGGCAUGGGCAUUGCCCGAAGGAUUUACUUCCUUUUUGGCAACCAGGACGUUACUACCCGCGGCUGAGGGAGCCCACCUGGAUGAUUUAGAAACAGAAGACCUCGAAUAUGUCGAAGAUCCUCAACGAGAGAACAGCAGCAUCAAAGGCGACACGAUCAUUCUCGGGACCAAGCCGGGCAUUGAAGCGCUCGACUCGCACCUAAAUACCCGGCAAUCUGUAGAUACGGUCCUCACAAAAGUGGCAUUCUCGUCGGGACUGGCUCGCAGUACCAAACUAGCUGUUCUCGAGUCCCUGCUAUCCAACUACUUUGAGUCUACUAGAGCCAUUCCUACGCUUCUAUCAAAGGGCUCCCGUCUUCCAUUUACGAGGGAUUUCAUUCUUCGCAAAACGGGCCAGCUGCUCAGUGUACGUGCGCAGCUGAACCUAUACUCGGAGCUCACCGAUUCUCUGCCUGACAUUUUCUGGGAUAGUCGUCAUGAGCUGGGACUAGAAGGAUACUAUGAACAGGUAGGAAGAGCGCUUGAUGUUGGGAUACGCAUCAAGCUCCUGAACGAGAAGAUGGACUACGCACAGGAGAUUGCCAGUGUUCUCCGGGAGAGGCUGAGCGAAACACAUGGACUCCGGCUCGAGUGGAUUAUCAUCCUACUCAUUGCGGUCGAGGUAGGAUUCGAAGUUCUGAGACUCUGGAAGGAGCGCCUCCAUGAACAAGAAGCCGAGAGCAAACAAGUUGAGGGGCAUUAAAUCCUUGAGCGAGGCCGCCAUCUCUACUCAUGUAUAUAUCGCAUUUAUGGAGUUUUGAAUAUGAUACCCCAG